UAGCAGGAAGUUGCGUCACAUCGUGAGAAAACAGGCUUUUGGUGGGAAAAUGAGUUCCCCUCAAUGCACAUUAACACCUUAAAAUUAAACACGUUCAUAUAUAUAUUCUUGGACGCACUGUCAUUUCAAAGUAAGCGGAUAUGUUUCGAUUGCACAAUAAUUUGAAAGUCCACGUGUAACAGUCCUUGAGGUGUGUUAAUAUCACCAGGCUAAGCAGGAAAACUUCACGCCGCCUAUUGUUUGCUAGCGUGCUACCACGUUAGCAGGGCGCUUAAUAGAACACUAAUUUCUAUUACUUUUGGGGAAGAAGUGACUCGGAUUUAGGUUGAACGCGUUUUAUGUUGUGUUAGGCGGCUACGAUACCUGCUCCGUUCGUGUAUGUGCGUUCUGUUGCAUUAGCUGCUUCAAAUCAGCGUGUAUUCAGUGAGAAACCAGCAACAUGCCAGAGAUUAAACUCAAACACGUCGUGUCCUGCAGCACCGAGGACAACACUCACAAAGCAGACAACCUACUGAGCUCUGACACCUACAGAAAGUGGAAAGCAGCGAGAGCCGGUGAGAAGCAGACAUCCGUCAUCCUGCAGUUUGAGAAGGAGGAUCAGAUACACAGCAUUGAUAUUGGAAAUGAAGGCUCAGCCUUCAUUGAAGUAUUGGUGGGGAACUCUUCAGCGGUCAGAGAUCAGGACUAUGAGGUCCUUCUGGUUACGUCGUCGUUUAUGUCCCCCACUGAGAGCCGCAAUGGCACUAACAUGAACCGGGUGCGAUUCUUCGGACCCAGCCAGCUUCAGAAGAGCACAGCACAAGAAAAGUGGGACAGAGUAAAGAUUGUAUGCAGCCAGCCGUACAGCAAAAACAUAGCAUAUGGACUAGCUUUCGUCAAAUUCCACUCACCUCCUGACAAAAAUGACCCCCCUCCAACAACCUCACCAAAACUGACAAAGCUGGGGCAGUUCAAGGUAAGGGACGAGUCUCCUUCAUCUGGGCCCAGCCUUCAGCCUGGCAGCCUUUUCUUCAGUCGGGACAAUUCAGCGAAGUCUAGCAAUACUCUCAAAGUGUCUCCUAAAAAUGAGAGGUUGAGCUAUGCUGCUGCUGCCCUGCAGGCCAGUGGAACCUCCCAGUCUUCAACCCAAGCUACGUCUUCCAGCUCAGUAUCACCACAGCCACCAGCAAAAAGAAAAUUUGAGUUUAGCAAAGAGCGCCAGUCCGCCUCCGGGCCACCCCCCACGAAGAAAAUGAGUCCUGCUGGCUCACCUGAGAGCAAAGCUGCGACCCCCAAGAACAAGCCGAGCACACCCAGCACACCCACUCCCAGUGCCGCAAAAGCCUCCCCUGCACAGAGAUCCUCAGAGAAAAAGAAGGAAACACAGUCCAAAACCAAACCUGAACCCAAACAAGAAAAAGUCAAAUCAACGAGUGUGCAGCAGGUCCCAUUCAAACAGAUCAUGGAGGGGGUUGUGUUUGUCCUCAGUGGCUUUCAGAACCCAUUUAGAGGAGAGCUGAGAGAAAAGGCUCUGGACAUGGGAGCCAAGUAUCGACCCGACUGGACACCGGACUCCACACACCUUAUCUGUGCCUUCGCCAACACCCCCAAGUACAGCCAGGUGAAAUCAGCAGGGGGCAUCAUCGUACGGAAGGAAUGGGUGAUGGACUGCCAUAAAAGAAAACAGAAGAUCUCCUAUAAACAGUAUUUGAUGGAUGGAGCGGAGUCGAGCUCAGAGAGUGACAUGGAUGUGGACGAAGAGGAAAUUAACACAAAGACUCCACAGAAGCAAGACAAGAAGGUCACCCCCAAAAACACACCACAGAAGAAGAAGAAGGAUGAUGAUGAUGAUGAUGAUGAUGAUGAUUACGGAGGCUCGACUGAUGUGGAUGAAAAAGGAGGAGACGACGAUGACUCUGCUGUGGACACGGAGGACGAGCUCCAGAGGGUGGAGGAGGAGAGCAGGCAGAAGAAGGCGACAGCCUCAGGAGUGACGGUGAACGCAGAGGAUCCGUACGGCGGCUCCACUGAUGAAAACACUGAUGCUGAGGCUGAGGAGGAGCAUCCCAUCCCUGAACUACCAGACUUCUUGAGCGGGAAGCGCUUUUUCCUCUACGGUAAAUUCCCCAACAACGAGAGGCGCCUGCUGCUGCGGUACAUCGUCGCCUUCAACGGAGUGAUCGAGGACUACAUGACGGAGACGGUGCAGUUCGUGAUAACCAGCGAAGGGUGGCACGACUCGUUUGAAGACGCGCUGAUGGACAACACAAAUCUGAACUUUGUGAAGCCAGCGUGGAUCUAUGCCAUCAGUGAGCGGCAGAAGAUGCUGCCCUACCAGCCCUACUCCGUCGUCCCCUGAACCCCACACUGACACGCUGGUGCUUCACAUGCAGAGAGCCACAACUUGAAGCAAUAAACACACUGAUAUUGACUUUAUACUAUUAAAUGUCCUGCUUUUUCUCUUUUUCACUUAGCUAAGAGUGCGUUUUUAACCCGUAUCUGUUGGAGUGAGGAGUAGGUUGAGGUUCGUUAUCGACCUUGUAGGUGAAGGUUUUGGUUACCGUCGUCUUCGUGGCGCUGAGCGUGACGCACGCUCUCUGUUUCAGGACUUUUCUCCAGACUUCACCCCGCGGCACCUUCUGCAUCUCAGGCUGUCUGGAAGUGAAUUAUCGCCCGCUGCUGAUUGAUGGCAGCUCUAAUAAGACUCUGUGAAAGCGAGACUAGCUCUAAGUCAGCAGAAAGGUUCCAGCUGUUUACGGCUGCGUCCAUCAGAUGCAAAAACCCAAACACUUUUUUACACAACAGAAAAUAGGAAUGCGCCGGGAACUGUUUGCUUUUCUACCUUUUAUCCUGUGACAUGCAUUGAGGGUUAAACUGAUCGAUUUCUAUCAAUUGUUUGAUGAAUCUGAGGUAGUGGUUUGUAUUUAUGUUAUAAUAUGAAUAUUGUUUUUCAGCAGAUGUGCUAAAACAGAUGUCAAUGUUUUGUAGUUACUACGUUUCGAUCCACUGAGGCUUGUUUAUGUCUCUGGCUUUUUUUAUUGACCACUGUAUUACUUUGCCAAAAUAAAUCAUUUUAAUGAAA